UUGGACGGCAGGCGCUGACACUCAGCCGCGGCAGACGCCUCGCUGCUGUGUGGAAACUGAAACUGAGAAACAACCGGAGACUGUUUUUUAACAACACGGACACCAGAAGAGGAACCAUCGCGCCUGGGGGGGAUCUGACUGUGACACGGCCGGGGAGCAGCUGGGCAUGUUGAGGAAACACAAGAGCUGGGCGGGACGGGCUGUUCUGCAAUGGAGGCUGUAGCAGUGGGUUCGGCUACUUGGUGAAACUGAAGCGGCUGUCACUAUGGCACACUUUGACACAGAGUACCAGCGGCUGGAGGCUUCCUACAGCGACUCUCCCCCUGGAGAGGAGAACCUGCUGAUGCAUGUGCCCGAAGGAGGCAAAUCCCAGUGGCACCACAUAGAAAAUCUGGACCUGUUUUUUCAGAGAGUCUAUAAUCUGCAUCAGAAGAACGGAUUCACCUGUAUGCUGCUGGGAGAGAUUUUUGAGCUGGUUCAAUUGCUGUUUGUGGUCGGCUUCACCAUAUUUCUAGCUAACUGUGUAGAUUAUGACAUCCUCUUUGCCAACAAGUUCGUAAAUCACACGGAUUCAUCUAAAGUUACCUUGCCAGAUGCCUUCCUUCCAGUAAACGUCUGCAGUGCUCGUAUCCAAGACAAUGUGUUUGUGAUCUUUUUGCUGAUAAUCUCUGGGGUGUUCUGGCUACAUCGGCUCGUCAAGUUCAUCUACAAUGUCUGCUGUUACUGGGAGAUCCGAUCCUUCUACAUCAAUGCCCUCAAGAUGACCAUGUCAGAGCUUCCUUAUGCAACAUGGCAGGAGGUUCAGGCUAGGAUAGUGGAGAUCCAGAAAGAACACCAGAUCUGCAUCCACAAAAAGGAACUGUCCGAGCUCGACAUCUACCACCGCAUCCUCCGCUUUAAAAACUACAUGGUUGCCAUGGUGAAUAAGUCACUCCUUCCUGUUCGUUUUCGACUUCCUGGACUUGGGGACAGUGUUUUCUACACUCGGGGGCUCAAGUACAAUUUUGAGCUAAUCUUCUUCUGGGGACCAGGCUCUCUGUUUGAGAAUGAGUGGAGCCUAAAACCAGAAUAUAAGAGAGGAGGCAACAGGCUGGAGCUGGCUGACAGGCUCGCGUCUCGCAUCCUAUGGAUUGGCAUUGCCAAUCUGCUGCUGUGUCCGGUCAUUCUGGUGUGGCAGAUUCUCUACGCCUUCUUUAGUUACACUGAGGUGAUCAAGCGAGAGCCUGGUUCUCUGGGAGCGAGAUGCUGGUCUCUCUACGGUCGCUGUUACCUGCGUCACUUCAAUGAGCUGGACCACGAGCUCAUGUCACGCCUCAGCAAAGGUUACAAGGCUGCGUCCAAGUACAUGAACUGUUUCCUUUCACCACUGCUGACGGUGGUUGCCAAAAAUAUAGCGUUCUUUGCUGGGUCUCUCCUGGCGGUUCUCAUCGCCCUGACCAUCUAUGAUGAGGAUGUUCUCGCAGUAGAACAUGUUCUGUCGUCAAUCACUCUGCUGGGAGUGUGUAUCACAGUCUGCAGGUCAUUUAUUCCUGAUAAGCACAUGGUGUUUUGUCCUGAGCAGCUGCUGCGGGUUAUUUUGGCUCAUAUCCACUACAUGCCCGACCACUGGCAGGGCAACGCACAUAGAUAUGAGACCCGUGACCAGUUCUCCCAGCUCUUCCAGUACAAAGCAGUCUUUAUUCUAGAGGAGUUGCUCAGUCCAGUGGUGACUCCCAUCAUCCUGAUCUUCUGUCUGAGGAGAAAGUCUCUGGAGAUCAUUGAUUUCUUCAGGAACUUUACAGUGGAGGUGAUCGGGGUGGGUGACACCUGCUCCUUUGCCCAGAUGGACAUCAGGCAGCAUGGACACCCUGCGUGGAUGUCAGCAGGGAAGACAGAGGCGUCUAUCUACCAACAGGCGGAGGAUGGAAAAACAGAGUUAUCUCUGAUGCACUUUGCCAUUACCAACCCUCAGUGGCAGCCUCCUCAAGAAACGACACACUUCAUCAGCCAGUUGAAAGAAAGAGUUCACAGAGAGGCCACCGGGAUUCCUGGAGACACUCAUCCACUCUCAAUGUCCGAGUCUGAGCCGAGGAGCCUCGUUGCAAACCUCUUGGCAGGUCCCUCCACGCUGGGCUCUAUUCAUUUUGGCAGGGAUAGCUAUUUAGCCAAUCAUGCAGCUGGUGUAAGCGACGGAGCAUCUGCCUUGCGCUCUCUUUCCCCAAUCAGCAGCAGUCUGCACCUCAGAGGAAGUUUGAGUGCCUCUCACCAAACUGCAGGCUGCCACACGUCAGCCAUGAGCAAGGCAAUGGCAGGCUCGGGGACUGAUGCCAGAACUGUGAGCUCGGGGAGCAGUGCAUGGGAGGGUCAGCUCACCAGUUUGGUCCUAUCAGAGUAUGCCUCCACUGAGAUGAGCAUCCAUGCACUUUACAUGCAUGAGCUUCACAAACAGCAGUGUGGCGAGGUGUCUCGUCACACCUGGCACAGGCAGGAGAGCGAUGAAAGCAGUGACAGCAUCCCAGAUGAAGUGAGGAGCCAACCCACCCCUCGUUCUAGAAUUCUACCCCGCUCACAUACUUACCCCACCACAGUUCCCAGUCCCAGUGCCAUUCCCACUUCAGCUUCAGCCACCAGCAGUACCUUCAUGGGCCAGGAGGCGGCAUCAUCACAGGGAAGCAGCCAUCAGAGAAAGGGUGGACCAACCCCUGACUCUUUUGGUGCAGGGGGGAAGGUAGUGAGGUCAGCCCGUGUCCCCAUGGGAGGGUGGGCAGAGGACGGUAAGGGAGCACCACGACACCACGGGCCAGUGCCGGAGGAGAGCUCAGAGGAUGAGAUGCCUCCUCACAUCCAAAAGAUUGCAUAACUGCGCCAUGUGAAUACGAAUCAUCGCCCCGCCCUCCAUAGAUAACUCAUCAUAUCCUCAUCCUUGACCAAAUCUCACCCCAGGAUUGACCAUCUGAUUGGACACAGAUGAAGAUGAGAAUGCGAAAGAUGUGCCAUGAUCCCUGAAAAUACUCCAGUAGUGAAACCAUCUGGACAAGUUUAGAGUCAUGUUGCCGUCGGCCAUUAAAAGACACAAUGAGCUUGUGACAUCCAUGAUGUACUUUAUGACUUCCUAUAUGCCUAGACAAGGUAAAUCUAUGGAACGUCAGAAGAGGACCUACAGGAUCAAGUUAUUUACAAUUGCUAUUGAUAACGUUACAUAACUCUACAGUUUUUAUAAUGUCUCAAGAUUACAUAAUGAAAGUAUUUGGGUUGCUGUGAUGUAACAAUAAUUCUAAACACUCCUGAGAAACAAUUUGACCGCAAGGUGAUCGCAGUAAUUCAAAUUGUGCUCUUUUACAAAUCAGAUGUUAUCAGAAGUAAAAUUUGAAGAAUUUAUUGUGUCUAAAAGUUACAGCAUUUAACCAGGAUGUGUUAAAAAAGAUGUUGGUAAUACAUAGACUUUCAUUGUGCAUAUCUGCUCUGGUACCAACAGCAGAAGCCUGUGCAGCUUGCAUCUCUGUCAAUUUUUAAUUUCAUUGUGCAGUCAUUGCUUUACCAAGUUCAACUGACUUUUUGAAAAUGUUAUCAAACUUUUCCUGACGUUUGGCCCAGUUUGCACAGCUAGAAACUAAUUUUAAAGAUAGAUUGUACAAAGAAGCCUGGUAUUUGUAAAUAAAUGUUAUCGGGUAAAGUCACAGAAACCGUACAGAAUACUGAAUUCAUCACAUUAACACAAUUGUAAGGCCAGAAUUUUGUUAUGUCUAACCAGAGAUGCUGUGUGUGAGCACAUUUUCAUCUGAUUUCACCCAGGUUUUACUGUGUACCUGUUUUAUUGUUUUAUUGGUUCUAUUUUUCUAUGGGUGAGGUGGGCAAGCGAUGCUGUUUAAAGCAUGGGAUAUUGAUUUGUUGUCAUACAAGACGCCCCCCCAGCACAAGUGCAUGACUAAAUCCAUCCAUCUUCUGAAGAGUUGUACAGACAUCACCCCAAGAAUACUGACCAUCCAUCAGAUCCUGAUCACUCACAGCAUGACUGUCCUCUGUGCCCGACAUUAAGCCACAGUUCUUUAAGAGAAAUAUGCACUUUAAUCAACUGAGGGAUUGUUUGUAUGUUUUCAUAUAGUUUUUUAAUUAUUUUAUUUAUCAAAAGGGACGUGUCAUGACGAUUGAAGGUAAUGUUGUGGUUCAACGCUGUAAAGUUAGAUUAAAAAAGUGAUCACUGUCAUUUACUCUUUGUUUUGUAGAUCCUGUAAACUACCAUUUUGUACAGCUGCAAUCUCAUCUAAUAAACACGAGUCAGUGAUUUUGUGUUUACACUGAAAAAAGUAA